GUGUAACAAUGCAUUUGUCAGUUUCCAAAAGAACAUUAUUAGAAAUGACAUAAGCUAUUAAAACUUACACUUACAUUACGAGCCUCCACGUGAUGAAUUACAGGUAGGGAUGAAGCUAGAAGUAACAAUCUUAUAAAAUAGGUCUAUGAACGAGCUUUCGUAUUAGUUUGUGUUACAGAAAAGAACAUGUCCGACCACGGGAUACUCGCGUCCAGUCAUUCCGAAUGCAAUUCUCGGAGCUCCUCGGGAUCCGACCUCAGUCGGGAAUCAGAAGGAGACCUCAAACGUGAGCAUGUGUCAAGCUGGUCCCUGGAGGAUUUGUGGACAAAGCGCAUAUUUUACAACGAACGGGAAAGUACGUUAAAAGAACUGACUGAUCUUGUCGUACAGAACAGUAUCAGUAAUGGAAACAGACACAAGUUUGUCUGUACGCCCGUCGAGGACACGCCUGAGAUCAUGAAGCAAUUGGUGAAGCACACACAGAACGCCCUACAGUUUACGUUCAAUGAGUCCGGACAAGUCGGCGACGGGGUCCUUAACGUGGAGAAUUACGAGGAAGCCAUCAGGGCGAUGGCUGAGUUUGACGCGUACGAGUUAAAACUGAACACCGAGAUCGAGAAAAUUGGUCUCUGUCACAACAGAUCGAUGUUGGUAUUGUCUUGGUGCUUCAAAAUCAGAGAAUUUCUCAGACUGUACCGGGAGAUCGCACACUGUAAACUGAGCAAAGUCGUUUCAAAAACACAGUACACAGAAUUACUGAGAUCCUUCACAAGAAUUGUCCAUCUCGAUCCAAGAGUUGGUUCAGCGAGAGACAUGCAGAUGAAUAUGAUACACGUGACCAGUACUCCUGAUCUCCAUUACGUGAAGAACAUGCCAGCUACCCGUCUCCAAGUCAUCAGAACAACUCUCCUGGCCUCUGUUGAAGCUAGAAGACAGACCCCGGGACCGGACUUUCUCGAGAUGGAGGACGCGGUUCUGGCUCAGCACGCAGGCGAGCUUCUGUUGGAGGUCCAGGAGUCGCUGCUCUUCCCGCGGGUGCUUGGGAUGAUAUGUUGGCAGUCCUCGGUGAUGCUUACAUAUCUGAACAUCAGCAGAAAACAUCUAGAGGAGAUCAUUAAGGGAGAUGAGGCUACUCUCCGAAAAGAGAGGAGUGUGGUUUACUACACAAGGACAUUUGACUACCUGGUGAAGGAAGAGCGGGACGAACUCCUGGAGACGCUGUUCUGGCUGGGGUACAUCCAGACCAUGGCCAAAUGACGCGAGAUCUCGCCCCCAUACAUGCACGGUUACUGCCCCUUACAUCGCACAUUAUGCUUUUUGUGAUGAAGGACAUUUUUAAAAAACUUGUCUGUGUUGAACAAUUACCUGCAUUAAUUGAUAUACUGCGAAGACACUGAAACAUGUUUUUGAUUGAUGUGGUUUAUGCAUAUAUUUGCUCAGCGUGAAAUUAUAGGAAGUAAAGUGAUACAUACAUGUACAUGUAUAUUUGAGUCGAAAGUGAUUGAAAUAUAUGCCUCAUAAUUAACGAUUGGGAUUAAUAGUUAAUUAAAUACGUACGCGGGUUUGAAUGAAUUUAUUGCAAGACCUAUUAACCAUUCACAUUUGACUGGGAGCAGGAGUGAUUAAAAUAAGAAGGAAUUCUCGUGCAUUUUAUAAUACAAGGCCGUUCACACAUGAUGGAGUAUCACGUGUCGGUGACAUGGUAAACAUAUUGUUCUCAUAUACAUAAAAUUAGUUGUGUUUGUGAUAUUUUUCAUCAUUUUAUCAUGUCAUGUUGAUGCCUAUUGUAAUUCUGUCUUGAAACUGUAUUUAUAAUUUGUUUUUUGUAAAAAAUGAAAACAGAAU